AUGAUGUCUGAUCAGUUUAGAAAAGUAGAACCAUAUUCUCCGAAGUCCUCACCUCGAGGAGCGAGGUCACCAGUAGUUUCACGACAGGAUUCUUCGGGAACCCUCAAGACUACUAUCUCACUUGGCAAGAACCCUGCGAUAGUGCAUAGUGGUCCUUUCUAUUUGAUGAAAGAACCUCCAGGAGAAUGUGAACUAACAGGUGCAACCAAUUUAAUGGCGUAUUAUGGUCUAGAGCACUCAUAUAGUAAGUUUAAUGGUAAAAAGCUAAAGGAAUCACUGUCAUCUUUCCUGCCAAAUUUGCCAGGGAUAGUAGAUGGUCCUGGACAAGAAGACAACAGUACUUUAGGAUCAGUUAUAGCAAAGAGGCCUAUUGGUGGUAAAGAGCUACUGCCACUAACAAGUGCACAGUUGGCAGGAUUCAGACUUCAUCCUGGACCGCUUCCAGAGCAGUACCGCUAUGUAAGUGCGGCUCCGCCUAAAAAACACAAAAGCAAGCACAAGAAACACAAACAUAAAGAUGGUGCACCUCCAGGCCAGGAUACCCCUUUACAGGACUCAUCAAAUCCAGACACGUAUGAGAAAAAACAUAAAAAGCAGAAGCGCCAUGAUGACGAUAAGGAGCGCAAGAAACGGAAAAAGGAGAAGAAGAGGAAAAAACAAAAACACAGCCCUGAGCAUGGUGGCCUUACACCAAGCCAGCACCCUGUACCA